AUGCCCAUUGAGUCCCAUCUCCAUGAUCCUAUUCCAAUAUCGAUCUCUUUACAGAACGACACAGCUCCUCGACCGAACGAAUCGGGCUACGACAACAUCAUGUUCAAACACUCCCUGGACAGUGGGGACUUUAUUGACCGAGAGGAUGAAAACUAUGAACCGGUCGACCUGAUGGAUUCGCUUGAUCUUUGGGAGUCAGACAUCGUCGUGCGCGAGGCCCCUAUGGAGGGCUCUGUCCCGCCCAUAAAGCGCCAAAAGUACGCCGAGACCGGGUCGACUGCUGGCCUUCGAAUCCACGCAGGCAACUUCGAUCGAAGCCCAUCUCUUACGCUUCGCUCAUCGAGCUGCGAACACCUGGAGUGCUGGAACCCUGUCCGCAUGAAGAAAAAGAACGCGGUCCCGCGUGCUAGUCUUCAGGACAGCUUCUCUGGCGGAAUUGUCGCUACUGAGGAUCUCGCACCCUGCGCUGCAGGGCCCACUGGCCUGGCCAUCCUUCAUCAGAAAAUAUUUAAUACUGGCAAAGCUGUUUACUCCAAUGAUUAUAUGAACACUCAAACGAUAUCCGCGUCCAGGACGACCAAGACAGGCACUGGUGGGCCUCCUCGGUCUUCUCUGGGGUUUUCCAAGUACUGUCAUGGGGCACCCAUUGGUUUCCUGAGCGCGAUCGUGGAAACGCAAGGUCUAUGCUCCAAUGAUCGUGCGUCGAAAUCGUCAUAUCUCCCUCCUGAGGCCUUUACCGAUACUUUUGCGCAUUGUCAGGGAUCUCUAUCCUCGGAAAACACAGUUGCGAAAUCUACUCUUUUUCAUGAGCAGCAGGUUUUAUAUGGGUCCACAACGACAGCGUCGUCAAUGUCCACCCAGAUGUAUGAAGCCCUGCCAUCGUGGCGGUCAUCCAAUUCAUCAAGUCCAAGGAAAAGAGGUCGCGUUGGCGACGACAGUGAAUUGCCAUGGAACGGCAUUGGAGACAGCUCCGGCAUCAAUGAUAGCUACUCCUGCUCUGAUAUCAACGACAGAUACUCUCGCUCUGACACCUGUUUUGGUGGCCAGGAAAUGGAUGGCUAUGAUGGUAGCGAUGAAGACACCAGUGAAGGCGAAGAGCUCAGGGCGGAGGACUGCGAUGACAAUAAUUAUGAAGAGUUUGACGACGGUGAAGACGACUAUGUCCAAGAUGCUGGUGGUCUGCGGCCACUUGGUUUUAAAGAUGGCUCAGCCUCCUCUCCCCCCUCUGCUGCUGAUUCUCCAGCUUCCUCCGCCGCUUCUGUAGCCUCGUCUGCUCCAGCGGCACCUUACUAUGCCAGGAGUGCGAUCGAGUCUACGUCCACAUUUGCCUCGACUAUUCGAGCUGCGACUGGGAAGAGAAUGAAAUACAAUCGGGGAAAUCGAAUGCAGAUAUUCCCAGAGAUCAAUCCCCCGUGUUUCUUGGGCAUGGAGACCCAUAGGCCAUAAUUCCUUUCCGCACAUACAAAAGCUCGAGAUACUGGAAGGUUCAAUGCCGGCCGCUUGGAUGGUCUCAAACUCCUGGCAGACUCAACUUUUAGGCUUGGCUACCCGACCGCACACA